AUGUUAGUAUUCUAUCAAAAAUAUUAUACUCCAUUAGAUAGGUUUAUAAAUAAAUUAAAAAGAAAAGGAUUUUGGUUAUAUACUGGAAUGAUAGCAUUAUCAGUAUUUUAUUUAAUGUAUGAAAUAUCAAAUUUACCAAGUUUACCACCUCCUCCACCAUCAUAUGGAUCAAAUACCAAGGUACAAAAAGAUCAUCAUCAUACAAAAGUAACGAAAAUUACAAAGACUGAAAAAGUGAUACCUAAAGGUGAAGAUGAAGCUGAUCAACCUGAAGUUAUCGUUGAAGAGACUAUAAUUGAAAGUUGA